AUGAGCGCAAUCUUGUCAGCAGACGAUCUGAAUGAUUUCAUUUCGCCGGGGGUCGCAUGUAUCAAACCAGUUGAAACGCUCCCACAGAAGCAUACAAAGAAUCAAGAGGAUGCCUAUGAAGUAACAACGGAAGACAAAGUCCAGCCCGAGAAUCUACCACCCGCACAGAUUUCUUUGACGGACUGCCUCGCUUGCUCUGGCUGUGUUACAUCUGCCGAAGCUGUGUUAAUCUCACUUCAGUCUCAUGCCGAGGUACUCAACACACUUGAUGCCCAUUCGGAAAUUCCUUUGACGCGUGAGCACGAUGGUACGACAGUCAUCAAUGCCGAAGACUCUGGAGAAGGCAAGAUUUUCGUGGCCAGUGUCAGCCCCCAGGUUAGGGCAAGCCUAGCAACAACCUAUGGGAUUUCGGAGAAAGAAGCGGGGUACAUGAUCGAUCAAUUGCUCAGUGGCCCGCAGGGCCUGCGAAGUGGGGGGAAACAUGGCAAUGGGUUUACAUGGAUUGUAGACACCAAUGUCAUGCGGGAGGCUGUGCUUGUACUCACUGCAGACGAGGUAUCGGAUUCCCUCAAAUUGGGAGGUUCAUCGGCAGCGGGCCAGCCAGAUGAUUCUCUGCCCAAAAGACCUAUCCUAUCUUCAGCAUGUCCUGGAUGGAUCUGUUACGCUGAAAAGACGCACCCCUUCAUUCUCCCACAUCUUUCUCGACUCAAGUCCCCGCAGGCUCUUUCGGGAACAUUCCUCAAAACUGUUCUGAGCAAGUCUCUCGGGGUUCAUCCUUCUCGGAUCUGGCAUUUGGCAGUCAUGCCAUGCUUUGACAAGAAGCUGGAAGCUAGUCGAGAGGAGCUCACAGACGUCUCGUGGCGACACGAAGCUUCCUCGCAUUCUACAACAGAGCCAGUUCGCGAUGUAGACUGUGUAAUCACUGCUCGUGAACUUCUGUCUCUGGCUGCCUCUCGAGGGACCUCGCUGCGAAACCUGCCUUUGCAACCUCUACCGCCAUCUCUUACCCCACCUUUCCCCGAGAAAACACUCGAAUCUUUCGUUCCCUUCAAGCGAUCUCCGACAGAACAAUCCCUUGCCGCAGGCACCUCCGGAGGCUACCUACAUCACGUUCUUAUGAACUUCCAAGCUCGCAAUCCGGGCAGCGAACUUGUGAUCAACCGCGGACGCAAUGUCGAUGUUGUCGAGUACGUGUUGAUGUCUCAAGAUAAUGAACCCAUCUUGAAAGCAGCUCGCUACUACGGUUUCCGAAAUAUCCAAAAUCUCGUUCGAAAACUCAAGCCCGCACGCGUAUCGAGGCUCCCUGGCGCAAAACCAGUCGCUAGACCCACCGCAGGCCGGCGUCAGCCCAUGUCUCGCAACGCUGUGCCUACAGGCAGCUCAGGAUCAGAAUACGCCUACGUGGAAGUCAUGGCCUGCCCUGGUGGGUGUACCAAUGGCGGUGGGCAGAUUCGAGUCGAGGAUGCCAGAGAAGCUCUUGGAACUUCUCAAGGAAAGGUGCUAGAUGCGUCCGCGAAGCCAUCGGCUCACGAGCAGCGUGCAUGGCUUGCUCGUGUUGAUGAAGCAUAUUUCUCCAUGGAAUCCGAGUCCGAGUCCGAAUCAGAGACCCAGCGUGAGCUGCCUUCUUUGGCUAUUAAAGAGGCUAAGAUUCAUGAAGGCCUGCAGCGCUGGUCAGAAUUUAUGGACAUCCCGCUAUCUAAGCUUGUCUAUACUACUUAUCGCAAGGUAGAAAGUGAUGUUGGCAAGGAUCAGACACCUGCCAACGAUACGACUCGAGUUGUGGAGCUUGCAGGAAAGAUUGGUGGUGGAUGGUAA